UAUUGGAUAGCUUACAAAAAAUCCGGAAGAUCAUCAACCAAGUGCACGUCAAAUUACUUGUGGCAUAGUGCAAUAUAUUGCAGCCAAGGGUGUACAAGCUAAUGGACCGAUGCACGAACUUAAUAAUUUCAACGUUUGAGCGGCGUUCUUACAAAAAAUGAGCUUCGGGAUCGGACCUGAGAAUGGAACCCGUCAAAUUUAAUUUCGAAUAGUUUUAGUGUCUACAGUUGCUAAUUCCGGAAGAAAUUUUGGUCCUGGAUAAAGUGUAAGGGUGCGGCAACAUUAAUCAUCAUGUGACCGGAUCCCCCUAUCGAGUGAUUGUUGACGGUCCAGCCAGGAGAAGACCACAAAGAGUCCCCAACCGCUACACCAUAUUCGAACUGCGGCUGCGAUGAUGAGUCGGGUUGCAGAACGGUAAUCCCCGCCGAACGACUGUCAUGUGGUCCAAUGGAACCUGGAGUCUGCUGUCCAGCGAGUUGUAGUGAAGAAAUCUACGACGGAUACCAGCACUUGGGUGACAUAGUUCGUCAUUAAGGUUUGAUCUUUCCUUUUUAUACUAGCAAUAAUACUUUUCUAUAAGAACGCACACAAUCCAAACCAAAACUGAAACAGUAUUUAGAAUCCUUCUAAUUCCGAGUACACAAAGUUGACCUCAUAACUUUCUCCAUCCAGAAUGGGGGAAGAUCUAUCUAAUUUAUUUUGCUUAUUUUUUCAUAAACUUAUUGGAUAUUUGAAAAAUGUAAAGGUUGUAUGUGGGGGGAUCUGUAAUGCUAUUUUAUUUUCGUUUCAGAGAGUGAGUAAUGGCGCUUAAGCCUAGGCUUUCGAGCCCGGACACAGAUCAAAUACCUGUGUUCCAUCCCCGGAGUAGGCAUACCAAUGGAGUGCGUAUUAACCUUCUUAGCUUCACCACUCCCAACGAUCUUGUACCUAAUCCUCAUUCCCCUGAUAACGAAACGGUUGGUACGGUUGUCCCCGUUUCAUCAAUCCUCCAAUUCGAAAACUUGUGUCAACCAUGUUAUUCAUACGUGCAUAAUCUGAUUGCCACAAUUUUUUGAGUUAUCUUUGAAACCAUUAGUCUGCACAGUGGGCCUGGCCGUUUUAAUAUUUGUAUCACAUCAUACCUGAUAUGCUGCAAAUAUUAAUGAUGACAAGAAAAUACCAAAAGUAAUUUCGGUAUUUCCAGGAUGCUUUUCAAUACUGGCUGUGCAAGCACUAGAUUAGAUUAGAUUAGAUUAGAUACUGAUUGUUUUAUUCCGGACUAAUCGGUUUGCUUUGUUGUUGCAUGUGUGAACAUUGUGCUGUCAAAGAUUGCACAUUUACACGGUCGUCGCGAAAUCCUUGCAAAGCUCAAUAUUUUAAAUAUAAAGUAAGGUCUUUUUUUACGAGGUUUUAACUCUAUACAAAAAAAAAUCAUCGUCUUAUUUUUGCAUGAUUCGUCGAGAAAUGGUGAGACUUUUUUUACGCGGUUUUUCGAAUUUUGAACUGAGUUUUUUUUACGCGGUACGUAUCCCUCGCGUAAAAAAAAACCUGACUGUACAGUCAUGGGCUUCUGGGUGAACUUCAGGUAGUAAAAAUAUUCUAGCAAAUUCGUCUGCUGCAGAGUGAUAAUCCCCCAGCAAUUUAAUCAGGCAUUUCUUCUGAUUUUCCAACGGAAGUUCCUUCUCAGGUUCCUCCAGGGGGAAUUACAUUUCCUUUGCUAACCGGAAAAAUCCGCAUUUAUCCGUUGCUAACCGUUGUUAACCGCGUCUAACUGCGCCUGCGGCUUAGUUAGCAGCGGUUUGGAACGGAUAAAUGCGGAUUUUCCGAUUAGAAAAGGAUAUGUCAUUCCCCUUGAUUUCCUCCUAGAGUUUUUUUUUUCAGAGAUUCAUUCAGGAGCUCUUUUUGAAAUUCAUCCAGGAGAGCCUUCAGAGAUUGAUUUAAAGUUUUUUUUUUUAAUUUCCCCAGAGGUUCCUUCGAGGGACCUCCAGGAGUUCCUACUGGAAUUACUUCAGCAAUUUCUUCUGAUGUUCCUUCAAGAAUUAAUUCUAGGAAUCCUCAAGAAUUCUCUUCUAGGAUUCGUCAAGAAGUUUCUUAUAGGAUUUCUUAUAGGAUGAGUUUCUUGGAGUCUUUCUUGGAUUCCUGCAGAAGCUUCUUCAACGAUUCCCUCAGGAGUUUUUUUUACGAAUACCUCCCGGAGUUACUUCUGGAAUUCCUCCAAAUUUUUCCAAGAACAGAUUUAUCCAAGAGUUCCUUUAAAAAAAUCCUCUUUCUGGGAAUUUCAACCGGUAUUUAUACCAGUAUUACUCCAAAAGUUCCUUCUGGAAUUCACUCCGUCCUUUAAGGAUUUCCACAAGGUCUACUGGGAUUUUUCAAGGAGUUUCUUUUGAAAUUCCGGAGAAAUUCCUAAAUGACUCUGUAAAUCUCCAACGCGAUUUUUUUAAUAUUUUUCGAGAGAUCUUUCCAGGAUUCCUUCAGAAGUUUCCUCUUUGAAGUAUCAAAAAUCUCCCAGGAAUUAUAUUUGUGAUUCCUUCCGAGAUUUCUAUUAAUUUGGAAUGUCUUCAGAAGUACUUUUUGCGGGAUUCCCAAAAGGAAUAAGUGAAUACUAGAUUUAAAGUGAUGAGUUGUUUUUUUUGUAUGGUGAGAUGCUAAACUCUCCGUUUCUGCAUUGAAACGGUGCAAACUCAUGGGUAGUAUAAUUCCUAGCCUAGUUUGAUGCUUCUUGAGCAAAACUUUGGGGAACUAUGUUGAUGAAGUUGCAAUAAAUGAGAAUACAGCAACACAGUUACCCAAAGUUUUGCUCAAACAGCAUCAAAUCAGACAAGCAGUCAUAAAACCCUUGCUUUUUUGUUAUCAUUGUUGAAGUUAACAUUUUAUUGCAGUAACGGAGAAUUUACUUUGUCAUUAUACAAAAAUUCAGCUUAUUACUACAAAUCUAGUACUUCACUGAUUGCGUUUUGUUCAUGGAGAUUAGGCCUGUCCAGCUUUUCAAAAAUGUUCUCUGAUUCUCAAGUCCACCCCCAUAUUUUGAUUGGCAUCCUAAAAGAAGCAACUGGUCAAAAUUUCAGCCAAAUCCAUUAAAAUUAAGAGGCGCAUCAAAUCAAUUUUGUGUUUUUCGACUAUUUUUGAACUUCAAAAAAUCAUAACUACACCAAAACAUGUCAAAACUUAAUUCUUUCGGCAGAAAUUGAAAGCUAUGCUUGUUUGCUACAACUUCUCCGAACAACGUGUGCCAAUAAAAUUGAAGGAAACAUGUGUAAUUAUCACAUUUGUAAUCAGAAAAACCUUAAAAAGUUGAUUUUUUGAUAGAUUUUGUUCUGGAAUACCCUAAUAUACGUAAUAAGUUGGAUUUUUCAAAACGGCAUCAUAUUUUCCAAUGUUUUUUGAUUAUUUGCUUCUUUGGCACCAAUGCUGUAGGAGUUGAGCAAAAAUUACUAAAAUUCGUGAAAGCCAAAUGUGGCCUAAAAACUAGCUUUUCGGGUGCAAUCACGCUUUGGCGCGCAAAAAGUGGCAUCGCGUCAGCACUGAUAUGAUAGCCAACACCUGUCAUCGCGCUUGUUUGUUAUCACCCGUGGUAGGGGGUAGCCAAGGCAAACUACUAGGAAGCAAAGCUACUACGUUCAGUACAAUUUCGCGCCACAACGUGAUUGCCUCCAAAAAGCUAGUUUUUAGGCCACAUUUGACUUUCACGAAUUUUAGUAAUUUUUGCUCAACUCCUACAGCAUUGGUGUCAAAGAAGCAAAUUACCAAAAAACAUUGGAGAAUAUGAUGCCGUUUUGAAAAAUCCAACUUAUUAAGUAUAUUAGGGUGUUCCUGAACGAAAUCUGUCAAAAAAUCGACUUUUUAAGGUUUUUCUGAUUACAAAUGUGAUAAUUACACAUGUUUCCUUCAAUUUUAUUGGCACACGUUGUUCGGAGAAGUUGUAGCAAACAAGUAUAGCUUUCAAUUUCUGCCGAAAGAAUUAAGUUUUGACAUGUUUUAGUGUAGUUAUGAUUUUUUGAAGUUCAAAAAUAGUCGAAAAACACAAAAUUGAUUUGAUGCGCCUCUUAAUUUUAAUGGAUUUGGCUGAAAUUUUGACCAGUUGCUUCUUUUAGGAUGCCAAUCAAAAUAUGGGGGUGGACUUGAGAAUCAGAGAACAUUUUUGAAAAGCUGGACAGGCCUAAUGGAGAUAUGUAAUCCCAGAAGGAACUUUUGAAAAAUAAAAAACAGAACGGACAUCUGGAGGAAUUUUUACAAAACUGCUGGAGAAAUUUGAUGAAAAAUGUUGGAGGAUGGAGGAGGAACGCUGGAACGCUUUCCCUAAGCAAUCCCGAAAGGAGUUCCUAAAAUAAUUCCAGAUUUACUUCUAGGAAGAAUCCCCCAAGAGCUUCAGAAAGAAUCUUGAAGAAAAAAAUCCAGGGUGUAAUUCUUAAAGAGAUCCCACAAGGAAAUUCUUGUGUAAUUUCCGGAGCAAAUACCGUUCAUAACUCGCUAACGGAAAGUUCGAUUUGGGUCGUCUGUGUUUAGUCUGUUAUGAAAGAUUAUCAGUUCACAUUUACUUCGCAUGUCGCGCGAGUCGCGACUUCGAUUUGGUGCUGCGACGAUAAUUUACGCCAAAAAUUGUUCAAGAAGAGAGCAUUAAAUUUGUUCUGAUUUGAAUAGUUGAAAAAAAAAAUCGAUUAUCUCAGAAGAAAUGGGCAUCCCCACCAUGCAAUGACAGUUCGACAGAAUAAACGUCAUUCGAAUAGCGCAUGCAUUUAGUGUGUAGUAGUACCUCUUCUGACGCUUGGUGGCGCCACAUUCACUAAAAAGGUGUCGCCAAAAAAUCGUAAGAGUGACCUAUAUUGUUAAUAUAGUAUAUUUGAUAGCAGUGCUGUCAGUUUAACCACUCGAUGCUUCCUCAUUUGUUCCUCCAAUGGUAUGGCAAAGGCUGGGAAUGCGAUUUUUGUAAGAUCCUUUACCCUCUUGCCAUGCAACUCAAAUCCCGGAAUACGAGCAACCUUACGGAAGAUCGUGUAACCAGCCUUUGUGGGCUUUGGCAAACCUACUGGGUGCGAACGUUGAGAGGCAAUAAUACCUGGUAGUGUAAAGGCCGAUAUACAGAGGCGCUUCUUGAUCAGUGGCCGAUCGACGAAAUAAUGUGCAGGUUAAGGAAAAAGGCCGAUUCUUCAACUACAGCAUAAUCAACAAGCGCAGCCAUCAGCCCGGAGGCGCUGAUGAUGAGAAGGAUGCAUUCUACGCGCAGCUCGAAUGUGAGUACGAUAGCUGUCCAGGAUACAUGCCAAGAUUAUAGGAGACUUAAACGCUCAGGUUAGCCAGGAGCCGCAAUUCAGACCGACAAUAGGAAAGUUCAGUUCCCACCAGCUGAUGAACCAGAACGGCCUACGACUGAUUGAUUUCGCCGCCUCUAAGAACAUGCACAUUAAUGUGGGUCAUCGGAACCGUUUUCACAGAUCAAAGCUUUUUUGGUUCCGUUUUGGGUCCUGAGUAUCUGUGCAAAAUUUGAGCACGAUCGGUUGCGUCUACACUUUGCGCAUUGCCAUUGAAUUUUGUAUGGGAUUUUGUAUGGGAAAACAUACUUUUUUACUAUAAUAACCGAUACUAUGAUAGCCUAUGAUGUUCUGAAAAACUUUGUUGAAGACCGCAAAGCGAUCCGAUGCUUGUGAAAAUAGUUAUAAACAACGAACCGCAUGUAUGUCUCUAUGUUUUAACAUAUAAAGGAAUAACAAUAGCAACAAAAUCAUGCUGUUUCGGCAAGCAAUGUCAAUGCUAUAACUUUUUUUCAUAAGCAUCAGAUCACUUCGUGGUCUUCGACAAACUUUUUCAGGACACCCUAGGCUAUGUUUUCACUUUAACGGUUACACGGUUUUAGAAAAAAAUCGGGCUUGUCAUGAGAGAAAUACAAAAAAGUGUGUUUUUCCAUGUAAAAUCCCAUACAAACUUCAAACACGAUGCGCAAAACGUAGACAAAAACGAUCGUACCCAAAUUUUGCACACUUAUUUGGUCCUGAAAUGGGAUCAAAAAAGCUUUGAUCUGAUGGGAUACCAUUGAAUUUUUCAUUUUUCCAUAUAAACGAUGACCCACUCUAAUGCACAUGCGUAGCACCUACUUCCAGCACAGUCUCCCUUACGUUACACCUGGAGAUCAGCACAGCAGAAAAACUCCAACAUAAUCGACAGCAUACAAGUGAAUGGCCGAUCGACGAAAGAAUGUGCAGGCUGAGGAUCAAGGGCCGAUUCUUUAACUUCAGCAUAAUAAACGUGCACAGCUCACACUCCGGAAGCACUGAUGAUGACAAGGACGCAUUUUACGCGCAGCUUGAACGCGAGUACGACCGCUGCCCAAGCCGCGACGUCAAGAACAUCAUAGGAGAUUUAAACGCUCAGGUAGGCCAGGAGGAGGAAUCCAGACCGACGAUUGGAAAGUUCAACAGACGAAUGAAAACGGCCUACGACUCAUUGAUUUCGGCGCCUCAAAAAAUAUGGCCAUAUGCAGCACCUUUUUUCAACACAUCCUCCCUUAUCGUUGCACCUUGAAAUCACCACAGCAGACGGAAUCUCAAAUCAACCACGUUCUGAUUGACGGACGGCACUUCGCCGACAUUAUCGACGUCAGAACCUAUCGUGGCGCCAACAUCGACACCGACCACUGCCUAAUGAUGGUCAAACUGCGCCCAACACUCUCCGUCAUCAACAAUGUACGGUACCGGCGACCGCCACGGUACAACCUAGAGCGACUGAAGCAACCGGAUGUCGCCUCAGCAUACUCGCAGAAUCUCGAAGCCGCGUUGCCAGACGAGGGCGAGCUCGAUGAGGCCCCUCUAGAGGACUGCUGGAGUACAGUGAAAGCAGCCAUCAACGACGCAGCCGAGAGCACCAUCGGGUACGUGGAACGGAAUCGACGGAACGAAUGGUUCGACGAAGAGUGCAGAACGGUUUUGGAGGAGAAGAACGCAGCGAGGGCGGUAAUGCUGCAGCAAGGGACUCGACAGAACGUGGAACGUUACAAACAGAAGCGGAAACAGCAGACCCGCCUCUUUCGGGAGAAAAAGCGCCGCCUGGAAGAAGCGGAGUGUGAAGAAAUGGAACUGCUGUGCCGUUCCCAAGAAACAAGGAAGUUCUAUCAGAAGCUCAACGCAUCCCGCAACGACUUCGUGCCGCGAGCCGAAAUAUGCAGGGAUAAAGACGGAGACCUCUUGACGGACGGACGUGAGGUGAUCGAAAGGUGGAAGCCGAAUUUCGUUCAGCACCUGAACGGCGUGGAGAACGUAGGCACGGGAGCCCACGGCAACGGAAGAAACGACGACGCCAGUGCAGCAGAGGACGGAAAUGAACCAACUCCCACGCUGAGGGAAGUUAAGGAUGCCAUUCACCAGCUCAAAACCAACAAAGCAGCUGGUAAGGAUGGUAUCGCAGCUGAACUCAUCAAGGUGGGCCCAGAAAAGUUGGCCACCUGUCUGUAUCGGCUGAUAGUCAGGAUCUGGGAAACCGAACAGCUACCGAAGGAGUGGAAGGAAGGGGUAAUCUGCCCCAUUCACAAGAAAGGCGACCAUUUGGAAUGUGAGAACUUUAGGGCGAUCACUAUUUUGAAUGCUGCCUACAAAGUGCUAUCCCAGAUCAUAUCCCGUCAUCUGUCACCUAAAACGAAUGAGUUCGUGGGAAGUUAUCAGGCUGGCUUCAUCGACGGUCGACAACGGGCCAGAUCUUUACCGUACGGCAAAUCCUCCAGAAAUGCCGUGAGUACCAGGUCCCAACGCAUCACCUGUUCAUCGACUUCAAAGCGGCAUACGACAGUAUCGACCGCGCAGAGCUAUGGAGAAUCAUGGACGAAAACUAUGUGGGCUUCGUGGCCGAGCGGUUAGCGGCGUCAGUCGUUUAGGUGUCUCGUAAGCCUCGGAGUGUGGGUUCGAUUCCCGCUCCAGUCGGGGAAAACUUUUCGUCAAACGGAAAAUUCUCCACUGGGCCACUGGGUGUUAUAUGUGUUGUCCGUUGUCUUACGUUGGUUAUGUUCAGUCUGUGCGGCCACUGGCCGAAGAUGGUGUGAUUGUCUUUUUCUGCCAAAACGGCUUUCCUGGGAAGCUGACUAUACUGAUUAAAACAACGAUGGACGGUGUGCAAAACUGCGUAAGGGUUUCGGGUGAACUAUCCGGUUCAUUCGAAUCUCGCCGGGGACUGCGACAAGGUGACGGACUCUCUGCCUACUCUUCAACAUCGCUAUGGAAGGUGUGAUGCGACGAGCCGGGCUCAACAGCCGGGGAACGAUUUUCACAAAAUCCGGUCAAUUUGUGUGCUUUGCGGACGACAUGGACAUUAUCGCUAGAACAUUUGGAACGGUGGCAGAGCUGUACAUCCGCCUGAAACGCGAAGCAGCAAAGGUCGGACUGGUGGUGAAUGCCUCAAAAACAAAGUACAUGCUGGUAGGCGGAACCGAGCACGACCGGAUCCGUCUGGGUAGUAAUGUUAUGAUAAA